AUGUCUGAAGAAGCCAAAGACUUGAAAAACCUUUCCCUUGAGGAGAAACCAGCUGAAGGAGUCAUUCUCGGCGAGGAUGGCCAGCCACUUUCUAAAAAAGCAUUGAAGAAGUUGGAAAAAGAGAAGGAGAAGGCCAAGAAGAAGGCUGAAAGAGAGGCCCAAUUGGCUAAAGAGAAAGCAGACAAGGAGGCCCAGGCUGCCAACGAUCCUUCCAAGGAGAACUACGGUAAGUUGCCAUUGAUCAACUCCAGCGAGAAAUCUGGAAUCCAGAGAGUCAAGAUCGCCGACUUGAGUGCCCAGAACGAUGGCCAGGAAGUCGUGUUCAGAGCCAGAGCCCACAACUCUAGACAGCAGGGUGCCACUAUGGUGUUUAUGACUCUUAGACAGCAGCUGAGCUUGAUCCAGGGUCUUCUCAAGGCCAACGGCGAGUCUAUUUCUAAGCAGAUGGUUAAAUGGGCCGGUUCCAUCAACUUGGAGUCCAUUGUGCUUGUGCACGGUAUCAUCAAGAAGGUUGACGAGCCAGUCAAGUCUGCCACUGUUCAGGAUGCUGAAAUUCACAUUACCAAGAUUUACACUAUUCAGGAGACUCCUGAGCAAUUGCCAAUGUUGAUCGAAGAUGCUUCUCGUUCUGACGCUGAGGCUGAAGCUGCUGGUCUUCCAGUGGUUAACUUGGACACUCGUUUGGACUCUCGUGUCAUUGACUUGAGAACUCCAACCAACCAGGCUAUUUUCAGAAUCCAGCACGGUAUCGGUGAGUUGUUCAGAGAGUUCUUGUCUAAGAGGGGUUUCACUGAGAUCCACACCCCAAAGAUGUUGGGUGCUGCUACUGAAGGUGGUUCUAACGUUUUUGAAGUUUCUUACUUCAAGAGAUCUGCUUACUUGGCCCAGUCUCCUCAAUUCUACAAGCAACAGUUGAUUGCUUCUGACUUUGAAAAGGUUUUCGAGGUUGCUCCAGUGUUCAGAGCUGAAAACUCCAACACCCAUCGUCAUAUGACUGAGUUCGUUGGUUUGGAUUUGGAGAUGGCUUUCGAAGAGCACUACGAUGAGGUUAUGGAGGUUUUGGAGAACUUGUUUAUCUUCAUCUUCACCGAGCUUAAGAACAGAUACGGUUCCGAAAUCGCUACUGUCAGAAAGCAGUUCCCUGUUGAGGAAUUCAAGUUGCCAGCUGACGGCAAGAUGGUCAGAUUGCACUUCAAGGAAGGUAUCGCCAUGUUGAGAGAGGCUGGUAAGGAAGUUGACGACUUCGAGGACUUGUCUACUGAGAACGAGAAGCUCCUAGGCAAGUUGGUCAGAGACAAGUACGACACCGACUUCUACAUCUUGGACAAGUUCCCAUUGGCCGUCAGACCUUUCUACACCAUGCCUGACCCAGAGGACCCAAGAUACUCCAACUCUUACGAUUUCUUCAUGAGAGGUGAGGAGAUCUUGUCUGGUGCCCAGCGUGUCCACGACCCAGAGUUGUUGAAGGAGAGAAUGGCUGCUCACGGUGUUGACUUCAAUGCCGACGGUGCUAGCGACUACGUCGAUGCCUUCACUUACGGCUGUGCUCCACACGCCGGUGGUGGUAUCGGUUUGGAGAGAGUGUUGAUGUUCUACUUGGACUUGAAGAACAUUCGUCGUGCUUCGCUCUUCCCAAGAGACCCAAGAAGAUUGAGACCAUAA